AUGACAGCAGACCCGCCAGCCUCCACGCCGAUGGUCGAACAUCCUUGGUAGGAACUCCUUCAAAAAGAAGCUCGCGCAUGCGCAGAUAUAACUGACCGCUCUCACACCACACCAGGGACCCAUAUGGCCACGCCAUCCUCGUCCACGUCGGCCAGGGCGCCCACGAAACGCUCUUCAAAGUCGAAGCCAGCGCCAUGCGCUACUAUUCCGGCUACUUCAAAAUGGUAACCUCGGAACCCAGCUUCACGGGAAUCCUGCGCCUGCCCGGCGAGAGCCCCGAAAUCUUCGCCAUGGCAUACCAAUACCUGACCCUGCGCACUUUCUUCCCCCACAGCGCCCCGACCCAGAGCUUCGACCGACUCAUCGAUCUCUACGCCUUCGGAGUCCGGCGCAACAUGCCCCUCAUUCAGAAUACAGCCGCCGAUCUCUUCGCGACAAAGAUCAAGCAGGAGAAGGUCCUACCGGAUCGCUGGGCGAUCGAAUACCUCUGGGAGCAGACUUCGCCCGGGGCGCUCUUGAGGCAGGAAUUUGUGGUUCUUGUGAGGGAGAUGUGGCUUUCGGAUCGCGGAAGCUAUCAGCACAGUGUCUGGAACGAAUUGGUGGGGGGCAAGAGUGAGGAUCCGGAGCGGCUGUGUUGGGUUGCGGAGGAGUUUGUGAGGGCGGGGCUUUCGGUGCGGGUGAGUGCGAAGACGACGAGGAGACUGCAGGCUUGUGAGUGGCAUGUGCAUGAGAAGGGGGAGUAUUGUGAGGGGAGCGAGGAGGCGAGGUUGUGGCAUGGUGGGCCGAUUGGGCGUGUGGAGGAGCAGCUGAGAGUGAGGAAGAGGAGUCGGAGUCGGAGUCGGAGCCCUGAAGAGAUGGAUCUGGGAGGCUCUUUUCGUUCGGGUUGA